CUCUCUCCUCUCUCCUCUCUAUUUCACUCUCUUUCUCUCUCUCUGGUUUCAUGCCUGUAACUUUGUGCUGUGGAAUUUACCAAAACAGGAAAAGAGGUAAGGUGAGAUACUGGCCUUUUUUUUCCUCAACUUGCUCCUGUUCUGUUGUUGUUUGUCAAGAAGUAAUUAAAGGAGAGAGAAGGGAAUAAGGAUAAAAGGCAAGUCUGGGAGUGUUGAACACUUGUAUGUAAAACCUCCCUUUUUCUGGUUCUGGAAGCGUUUUUGUGGGAUUUCAAUCUUUCUAUUUUUAGAGGUGGUGGAAGCUUUUUUGAGAUUUUCAGCAGUCUCAGUCUUUUGAUCAUCUUCGUUCAUCCUCCUCCUAUUUCGCUGUUCACUGCGCGCAUUUCUCAAGCAGUGAAGAUGGUGAGGGGGAAGACGCAGAUGAAGCGGAUAGAGAACGCCACCAGCAGGCAGGUAACCUUCUCAAAGCGUCGGAAUGGUCUGCUUAAGAAGGCGUUCGAGCUUUCGGUUCUCUGCGAUGCUGAAGUGGCGCUCAUCGUCUUCUCUCCCAGAGGGAAGCUCUAUGAGUUCUCCAGCUCCAGCAUGAAUAAGACAAUAGAGCGCUACCAAAGAUAUUCAAAAGAUGUGCAGGUCGACAGAACAAUAGAACAGAGUAUGCAGCAUUUGAAGUACGAAGCUGCGAACAUGGCAAAGAAGAUUGAACUUCUUGAAGUUUCCAAAAGGAAACUGUUGGGAGAAAACUUGGGGUCAUGUUCUCUAGAAGAAUUACAGCAGAUAGAGAACCAGCUAGAGAGAAGCCUGACCACCAUCAGAGCAAGAAAGACUCAGUUAUUCAGGGAGCAGAUUGAGGAUCUAAAGGAAAAGGAAAGACUCCUGGACGAGGAAAAUGCAGUGUUACGCAAGAAGUGUGGAGGGCAGAAAAUGGAACAUCCGAACCACCAUAGACAAACUGAGUUAUUUGGUCAGAGCAAUCAAAAUGCAGAUGUGGAGACCGAACUGUUCAUAGGGAGGCCUGAAAGAGCAAACACACGCUACCCAUUACAGGACUAUUAGUUGGCAAUGGCCUAGCAUGAUACUAUCCAAUGAUGUUCAACCGAGAAACAGCAAACUAUUAAUUAAUUGCAACCAAGCAUACAAUAACUAGGGAAAUAAUAAUUGGUGCAGUUAUGCGUAUGUUGUGAGCUAAAGGUUGUAGCGUAGAUUAUGAAUUGAGAUCUAGCAGAAACUGUAACAACUCCUCUAUCUACUCCAAUCUUAAUGUGUCAUGUACAUUUUCGACUUAGUUGUUUUAUUCUCAAUGAAUAAACUGGAUUCAAGUGUGAAAAUUGGGUUU